AAAAAAUUUGGAGUUUCCCCCCAAAUUAAUCCGCUCUUUCUGGCUUUCUUAGAUUCAAAAUCAUGUCUUCAUAGAUCACCAAUCAAACGCAAAAUCCAAAACUUUCAACUCUCAUUUUCAAUCUCCAGUUCUCCAUAUCCUUUCUCCUUAUUUAUCAGGCGAAAGAUGGCUGGAAAGGGAGGGAAAGGGCUUUUGGCAGCUAAAACUACUGCAGCUAACAAGGACAAAGACAAGGAUAAGAAGAGGCCUAUUUCGCGAUCUUCUCGAGCGGGUAUUCAGUUUCCUGUUGGUCGGAUUCAUCGGCAUCUGAAGCAAAGGACAUCAGCCAAUGGGCGAGUUGGGGCAACUGCUGCCGUCUACUUGGCUUCUAUUCUUGAGUAUCUGACUGCUGAGGUUCUUGAGCUGGCUGGAAAUGCGAGCAAGGACUUGAAGGUCAAGAGGAUCACACCCAGGCAUUUGCAGUUAGCCAUCAGAGGUGAUGAAGAACUUGAUACACUCAUCAAGGGAACCAUUGCCGGAGGUGGAGUGAUCCCUCACAUCCACAAAUCUCUGAUCAACAAAACAACCAAAGAUUGACCUCAAGUCGUAUGCAACUGAACAAUUAUGUGUUUUAUGUGACUAUCUUGUUUAGGAUGACGUAUGUCUGCUUGGUAUUUGUUGGUGCUUGUCUGGUAAAUCUUGGUAAGUAUAUAUGAUAUUCUGACAUCUGUGAUUGUGUACUCUAUAACUGGUAUCUUUAUUUAGAGUAGGGGUGUUUUUGUUGGAUUGUUAA